AAUUUAAAAAUAUAUGUAUUACUUUAACGAAUACUACAUUUAUUUGACAGCGUGUCUAUUUCAGGAAUGUCUGUAGUAAGGCGGAGCCCAGCUCGUUAGCUUCCCGACGGUUAGCCUAGCCUAGCCUAGCCUAGCCUAGCCUAGCCGACACCCGCCGCCAUUACAUGACUGCAGGCCCGAAGUUUGUCGUCAACAGCCCGGGUCCCGCAGUGAUGCAUUCACUGUCUCAGGAGAUCCAAGGCUUCUCCAAAAGCCGGCUGAGGAAACAGUGCACACAUGUUACCACGGUAACGGGCAGGAAGACGCUGGAGAGGAGGACGGAUGGAGGACAGGUGGAGGAGCUGGAAGAGGGGAGCGGGUGUGGAUUUGUGCAAGACCUGAAUCUAGACCUUCAAGUUGGAGUUGUCCGACCAUUCUUGCUGCUGGCCUCUCAGGACGCGGCCCACGACAUGGACCUGUUGCAGAAGUAUAAGGUGUCACAUGUUCUAAACGUGGCGUACGGCGUGGCCAACUUGUUCUCAGAUCAGUUGGUCUACAAGACGCUUCAGAUCCUGGACCUCCCAGACACAAACAUCACGUCUUAUCUCAGCGAGUGUAGCGCUUUUAUCCAUCAAGCCCGGGAAAAGCACGGCGUGGUGCUGGUCCAUUGCAACGCCGGCGUGUCUCGAUCCUGCGCCAUCGUGAUUGGUUACUUAAUGUUGAGGGAGGGGCUCCCGUUUGACGAAGCGUAUCGUCAGGUGAAGCUGGCGAGGCCUUCGUGCCGACCCAACCCGGGCUUCUACCGACGACUGCAGAGCUACACGCCCGAGGAGCAAGUCCCACCCUGAGGAUCAAUCAGUCAAACUUUAUUGAUAUUGAAGUGAAUGAACUCAUAUUAUAUUGUUCAUAUGAAUGUUCAUAAUCAUCUUGGAGAAAGCAAACCACCAACUUUAAUUAAAUAGUGGUCUUUCAGUUUGAUAUUCCUAGGUGGAUUGGAUCACUUCUCGCAGGAAAGAGGCCCUAAUUUGGACUUUGGAAUGCAAAAGUGAUAGCCUUAUCCUAGAGAAGAGACUACAUGUUCAGCUCAAUGCCAACAUUUAAGUUAUGGCGUAAAACUUUAAAGUUUAAAUAGUGGUCUUUCAGUUUGAUAUUCGCAGGUGGAUUGGAUCACUUCUCGCAGGAAAGAGACCCUAAUUUGGACUUUGGAAUGCAAAAGUGAUAGCCUUAUCCUAGAGAAGAGACUACAU